AUGUCGACACCUUCCCGGCACCGUAACGGCCAGCUUCCAGAACCUCCCGAUACCGGUGGUUCCCCUUCGGUUGAAGAAGAUCGGCUUGGUGCCGGGUCGGGUCACGAUGACGGGCGCACUCAGGAAUCCGGCUCAUCUUUGGAUGAUGAUGAUGGUAAUGACAUUGAAAAUUCAUCUGGGAGUGGCAAACAUUCAGGCAUGCCAAAGCGAAAGAGGAAGAUGGAGAGAAGACUCGAAGAUUUCGUGGAGAAUAUGGUAAAGAAGGUGAUGGAAAAGCAAGAGCAGAUGCAUAAACAGUUAGUGGACAUGAUUGAAAAGAAGGAGAAGGAGAGAGUGAUGAGAGAAGAAGCUUGGAAGCAGCAAGAGAUUGAGAGAAUAAGGAAGGACGAAGAGGCCAGAACCCAAGAGAGGUCACGAAACUUGGCCCUCAUAUCUGUCAUCCAAAAUCUGCUUGGCCAUGAGAUUCAAAUCCCGCAACAGGCAGAGGUAAGCAGCAAAGGAGAAGAGGACGAACCCAGACACGAAGGCGAGGAAGCGAAUGCUCAAAAGAGUCUCGGCAUCAGCGGUGAGGGAAGUAACAACAGGUGGCCUGAUGUUGAGGUUCAAGCGCUGAUAACCUUGAGAACUUCAAUGGAGCAGAAAUUUCAUCUUAUGGGAUCCAAGGUAUCAAUAUGGGAGGAGAUAUCUGAAGCAAUGAAUAAAAUGGGAUACCACCGUUCUGCAAAGAAGUGCAAGGAAAAAUGGGAGAACAUCAACAAGUACUAUAAAAGGACGAUAGGGAGCGGCAAGAAGCGGCGUCAAAAUAGUAAAUCCUGCCCUUACUUUAAUGAGUUGGAUGUUCUAUAUAGCAAUGGUCUCCUCAAUCUUGGAAAUCCCUUGAGCAGUAGUACCAAUGAUGUGUCCAAGAUUGAAAAGGAGGAAAGUGAAACUUGAUUAUCACAAAGAUGGAUGAUGUGAAAUUUCUUUCACUUGAAUGUGCUAGUGAUUUUUUCUAUUAUGUCAUCUCAUCUAUAUGAAACUUUGUUUAGAAACAUUUUAUAAUCCAUCUAGUUAAAAUGGGAACUUUGUUUGAUUGUACUUUGUAGGAGCAAACAUGAUUCUUGUAUAUUUAAAGUCAUAGUGACAAAGGAUCCUAUGAUACUUGAAAUUUUAUUUGAUAGAAAUAAAAUUAUUAAAUAUUAUUUAAAGAAAGCAGUUACUUGCAACUGUCUAAUUGUCAUGA